AUGUCCAGACGAGCUGUCACAGCCGCUGGUUUAGCCGCAGCUGGCGGCGUGGGGUAUUACCUGUACAAAGCUGGUGGCGACCCCAAAGUCGCCGAGAAGAAAUUCGAGGCGGAUUCUGCCAAGGUUGACGAAGUACGUGGCAAGCUGACAGAAGCCCAGCAAAAGGCCCAAGAAUACAAAGACAGGACUGGCCAGGAGAUGAAACAGGCUGUCAACAAAUUCGACACUACCAUCGAGCAGAAGGCGAGAGCAGCAGAGGAGUACAAAGAACGAGCUGAGAGAGAGAUGAACAAGGCGGUCGAUAAUUUCGACAAGACCGUUGAGAGGAAGGCGGUUGAAGCAAAGAACGGCAUCAGCAGCUGGUUUGGCUUUGGAGGCAAGUAG